AUGUCGCUCCAAGCCGAGCUCCAAGCCCCAAAUGGGCUAAAAAUCACGUUGCCAACUGGUUUAUUCAUCAAUAACGAAUUCGUCGCCUCAAGCUCCGGCCAAAAGAUUACCAGCAUUAGUCCCAUUUGCCGCAGCGAUGAGAAGGAGAUUGCCUCCGUGGAGGCAGCCUCCAAAGAAGAUGUUGACACUGCUGUCAAGGCCGCUCGCGAAGCAUUCAAAUGUGAUGAAUGGUCCAGAAUCUCUGCCACCGACCGCGGAGCUCUCAUGUUCAAGUUUGCCGAGUUGAUUGAAGAAAAUAAAGUAACUCUAGCAACUCUGGAAACAUGGGAUAACGGAAAACCAUAUAACGUCUCUCUUGAAGAAGAUCUCAGUGAAGUUAUUGGGACCCUCAAGUACUACGCUGGUUGGGCCGACAAGAUCUACGGCCAGACUAUUUCUACUACCCCAGAGAAAUUCGCUUAUACUAUCAAGCAACCUAUUGGCGUCUGUGGUCAAAUCAUUCCUUGGAAUUAUCCAUUGGCUAUGGCUGCUUGGAAGCUCGGUCCUGCACUUGCUUGUGGUAAUACUGUUGUUUUGAAGGCUGCAGAGCAGACCCCUCUUUCUAUUCUAUACCUAGCGACACUUAUCCCGAAAGCUGGCUUUCCCCCAGGUGUGAUUAAUAUCAUCAACGGAUAUGGGCGAGAGGCUGGCGCUGCAUUGGUUUCUCAUCCUGAUGUGGAUAAGGUCGCCUUCACUGGGUCAACAGAAACAGGCAGGGCAGUGAUGAAAGCAGCUAGCGCAAGCUUGAAAAAUAUUACGCUGGAGACUGGCGGAAAGUCACCGCUCUUGGUGUUUAAGGAUGCUGAUCUAGAUCAGGCUGUCAAAUGGGGCCAUAUUGGCAUCAUGAGCAAUCAGGGCCAGAUCUGUACAGCAACAUCGCGGAUCUUGGUGCAGAAAGAUAUCUAUGAUGAGUAUAUUUCACGCUUCCAGCAGAUGAUUUCCAAGCAUAAAGUUGGUAACCCCUUCGAUGACGAUACUUUCCAAGGACCUCAAAUUACACAGGCACAAUAUGAGAGGGUCAUUGGGUAUGUCUCAGCGGGAAAGAGUGAUGGAGCCAAACUGAUCACUGGAGGAAGGGCAUAUAAGGACAUCGGCGAAGGCAAGGGCUUCUUUAUUGAGCCUACCGUCUUCAGCGAUGUGACAGAAGAUAUGAGAAUAUUCCAGGAGGAGGUAUUUGGUCCAUUCGUUUCUAUUACUCCAUUCACCACAGAGACCGAAGCUGUCCGCCUUGCAAAUAGUACUGUUUAUGGACUGGGAUCUGCUGUCUUUACAAGGGAUCUUGAACGCGCUCAUCGCGUGGCUGGGAUGCUUGAAUCCGGUAUGGUCUGGGUUAACAGCUCGAAUGAUGCUGACUUUCGAGUUCCGUUUGGUGGUGUGAAACAGAGUGGAAUAGGGAGGGAGCUUGGGGAAGCAGGCCUUGCGACAUAUUCGCAGACUAAAGCUAUCCAUGUGAACAUGGGUCUUACCCUAUAG